AUGGCUAUGAAGAUCAUCUUAUAUAUUAUAUUCACCUCCUUGGUCUCUGGGAGACCCCUUCUACCACCAAGAGCUCUUCCUAGAGCUAUUAACCAUGCUCAAGGAGUCAGAAUUCCAGAUUAUAUGCUAAACCUUUAUCACACUCUCAUGGGAAACAAUAAGGAUCGUAAAAGACCAGAGAUUCAGGUCCUGGAGGAGUCUGAUACUAUCCAGAGUCUUACUGCAAAAGAUUUCACAGUAGAAGAUGAUCGGUGGUCAUUGACUUUUGACUUCUCUUCUGUUUCAAGAACUGAUGAACUAAGAAUGGUUGAACUCCGAGUCCAUCUUCCACCAUUUACAAAAUCCAGCAACAUAACAGUAGACAUCUACCACAUCAACAAUGGUCAACACAAACUCUUCUUGGGAUCAGUCAUGACAAAUAUACCUGAUGUUGGAAAUAAUUCUUUGACAACUGUUAAUGUCACCAAGAUCAUUGAAAAAAGUUUAUGGGGAAAGAGACCGGCCAACAAUGGAGAAGAUGAUAAGACUUCAGAAGACAUUUCUGAUAAGAAUUUAUUUGAGAACUCAAGAAAGAUCAAGAAGCGUGAUGUCUCUCUACCUGAAAUCACUACAGAUCAAGCCAUCAUUGUGUUUUUUACUAAGCAUAAGCCAUUUUCCAAACCUGAGACUCCAAGCCUACUAAAAAAACUGUCAGUGGACACUAUGAAGAUGGUUGCAUUUCGUAGACACAAGAGGACCAAAAGGGAAAACCAGCUAGGAAAUCCAAGCAGUCUUAUUGUAGGGGCAGAGUUCAAACCAUCAUGUAAAAAAGUGGACAUGGUGGUGGACUUCAAAGAAAUAGGUUGGGACAAAUGGGUCAUCUACCCCAAAAAGUAUAAUGCUUACCGAUGUGAGGGAACCUGCCAUUCACCACUAAAGGAGGCCUCAAAGACAACAAACCAUGACUAUAUAAAGAAUUUGAUCAAGUUAAAAGAUUCGGAAAGAAUGGAAUGUUCAUCAUGCGUUCCCCUUAAGAUGCGGCCAUUGUCCAUGAUGUUCCAUGAGAAUAGACACCUUGUUGUAAGGCACCAUGACGACAUGAUCAUUGAAGAGUGCGGAUUUCAGUGA